AUGAUUCUUUUGAUCAAAGAACAUCUGAAAAUAGCUUUCAGAAGACAAAAGAGCAAUGUAGAUUCUAGGUGGAAGGAUGUAGAGUUUAUAGUGGACAAUUAUGUAUUCCUGAAGGUCUCUCCGAUAAAGGGAGUUAUGAAAUUUAAGAAGAAGGGCAAGCUUACACCCCGAUACAUAGGACCUUUUGAGAUUACUGAUAGAGUUAGAAUAGUAGCCUAUCAGUUCGAGUUACCACCAAGCCUUUCUCAUGUUCGCCCUGUAUUUCACAUUUUCAUGCUUAGUAAGUACAUACCUGAUCCUUCCCAUGUGCUACAACCUGACACUGUGGAGUUGAAUGAAGACUUGACUUUUAAGGAAUAA